UCCUUUUCCUUAUCACGUUUGCUCAUUUCUUCUAUCACGCCUUUUGUUUAACCCAUUUGUCACCAAUUUUGCUCAUCCCUGACAGACCCAACUGGGCAGGAAGGCGUCUGACAAAUCAGGGACAGAGUGUGUGCAGUCAUGGCAACAUCCCUGGACACACUCAGCCUCUCCCAGAUGCUGGAUCUCGCCAUUGGGACACCCCAGAAGGGGGCCAUUCAGUUUGCAGCCAUGAGAAAACUGCUGCAGGCUGUGCUGGAGCACCUGGACGUGCAGUACCUGACCAGCCAGGAGCCGUGGCCAGGCCAGCUGAGUGGCCCCUCACUUGCUGAUGUGGCUGCUGAAGUGAAAGAAUUUAAGAAGGAGAUGAAAGAGUAUAAGAAACACACGUCCAAGGUUCUUAGUGAGGAGAUUGGUGGGAUAAAGGCAGAAAAUUCCCGCAUAGCAGAGAACCUGAAGAAGUUCCAGGAGACACAGACCCUGGUGGUUUCCGAGCAUCUCGAGGAGAUUGAAAAGUUAAAGGCUGGCCAGCGGCAUUUGUCAGGGGAACUGAACAAGGUCCAGAUGUCACGGAACCAGGACAUGACUCUCAUCCAGGAUCUGCGUGAGGAGGUUGACAAGAUAAAGACAACACAGCUCCUCAUGGAAGGAGACAUAAAGAAGCUUAAGGAGUCUCUUGCCUUAAUGAAGAAGCUGGAGGAAGACCUUAAAAAGCUGAGGAAGGAUACAGCCAAGUGGAAAGAAGAGAGCAGCAAGGAGAUCUCUCAGCAAAUUGAGGCUUUGCGGCAGGAGACAAGGCGUGAGCUGCAGAAGAUGGGAGAGCAGCAGGAGAGGAGGAAUGCCAUGCUGGAGCAGAUGCUGAAUGAGACAGCCGACCAGCUGAAUGAGCAGGAUCAGGAGCUGAGACAGCAAAUGGAAGCCAAGUUUUUGCAGAUCCAAAAAGACUAUGAGAAACUCAACCUUGCCUCAGGGAUGCUCCAGAAGGACUCUCAACAAAAGCAGAAGGAUAUCACGAUGCUGUUCCAGUCUCUGGAGAAGCUGCAGAAGGAGAAGGCAGAUCAGCAGGACAUGCUGGCAGCAAUGGACAUGAAGGCGGACAAAGCUGCCUUGGGCAGCAAAGUCAAUUGCAGCCAAUUUGAAGAGAACAUGGAGGAGCUGGAUGAGAGGAUGGAGGAGUUGCAGAGCCAGAUUUCAGGCCAGGAGCAGCACUGGAAUAAGAUGCAGCAGCAGAUCAGUGAUGCAAUGGAAGAGAAGCUGGAUCGCCUGGAGCUGAAGACGUUCCGCAAACACCUGGAGGACUCCUGGAACAGGAACAUGGAAGAGCUCGAGAAUAGGCUGUCGCGUGAAAAUGCUGCUGGGUAUAAGAAGCAGCUGCCAGUGCCUUUCACGUGCCUGUCCUGUGACCGCAUGCUCACCGUGCAGGUUCCUGGCCAGUCAUCCGAGACACUGCCUUAUUUGCAGCCAAUGCCCCCCAGCAAGGAGCCACAGCACAGCCAAAGGAGGCAGUUGGUCAAUGGCAGGGUCCCCCGUGUGCCGCAGAGCUCUGGGGACCAUCAGAGCCGCAGCUCCACCAUGCAGAACAUCAAGGCUUCUCCAUAUACAAGUGCAGAGCUGCAGCGUUUCCUGGUACUCCACAACAAGCCCAGUGUGACCCUGCUGCAGCCCAGUGACGGACACAUCUCCAGGAGCCGUAAUGACCAGCAUCGUAUGGCAAUCAGGACAGAGGACGCAUCAGGCCCUGCCGCCUCACGAGAGCACCAGCCACGAACAGCUCCCCGACAGGUCUCACGGGCCCCAGGGCUCGACCAGCCUCUCCAGUCCUGCCGGACAUCAACAGCCCCCAGCCACAUGGACAGGACUCAUCACCCAGUCCUCGACCUGGGACAUCUUGUCCGAAGCGAGAAACGCCUGUAA